GUGGGUAGUUUCAUCUUAACCAAAGUCCCCUCUUCCAAUCCCCAUUGAGUCUUUCUACCAUGAUCAAUUGAUCUCAAACUCAUGUCGCUGUGCGUCACGCGACAAUACCAUGCCCUGAGAGUCGCACGCUCAGCUGCUCUCCAGUUGCGACCGGGAGCAUGCAGCUUAACAUCAUCCCGCAUAGCAUUGCGCUUCCAUCAGUCAGCGUUGUAUAGCUCUUCCAGCGAUCCAGGAUCUCCUCCGAAUAGCGCAAUCAUUGUUCCUAGAUCACUUGCGGUUUCUCCAGAAACUCUUGUAAAGCACAUCGUUCCUCUUCAGAAGCAUCAUUAUAGAAAAUCUCGGUUCGCCGUUUUCUUCGUCACCCCAAGCUUUGCGCCAUGGCUCCUUGAUGACCACAAGUUUCUUACAAAGGCCGUACACCAGGCCUUCCUUCCAUUAUUGGCCGAUGACAAAUACGCCAAGGUCCAUUCGCUCAUUGCUGUCGUGGACAAGCUGCCUACGCCAUUGUCCGUGGACGGUACCAAGUCUGUGGAGGACGAGAUCACCAGUCGAAUACAUACGCCUCCUGUGUCGGAUGUCGGCCAUGAGGGUGUAGGGUACAUGUACCUGAGGCCGCAAGACUUUGCUGGCUCAGUGGAGCGCACUGGAUUUGACCAAAAUGGCACGAUUGGGUUUACCAUUGCGGAAGGCUCGACCAAAAAUGGCCAAUUCCUAGAUUUACUUCAGCUUCCGCUUGCCAACACUGUAUUUCAGACGGGAUCGCCUGCGACAAUGACGCUGUCUACAUGGGAGAAGCAAAAAGAGAGCAGAGAGUUCACACUGACGAACAAAUCGGAUCUAGUUCACCAGACCUUGCGCAUACACACGCCUGAGUCGGCAGAUCCUCCCAAUGCAUUCGCAAUUCCCUUGGUGCCGAUGACUUCCCCGCGUCAGGUGGAAGCAAGCAUGGGUAACAUCGUUCGGCGUGUUCUAGAUCCCAGCGGAAAGAGCGUGACUGCUUCGGAGGAGCUCGAGAAGACUGUCCCGCAAUAUUUCAAGGCCAGAGGCGAACCAUCACAAUCAAUAUCAGUUUGGGCAUUGUUGAUCCCAAGGGAUUUGGUAGACUCCAUCCAGGCCGAAACCACAGCUCUCUUAUCCAAAGCCAAUACUCAGGUCUCAUCCACAGACACUGCUUCCUGGGACAAUCUAUGGAGUAAGAAGUCUACUGCAUGGAAUGAUAUAGUGACAUCCGCUCUAUCGAAAGGUGCGCGCCUCCACCGAGUUCUGAGUGGUGGUGGUGGAUGGGGUAAGAAGGCCGGUUUGCUGUCUCUGGAUCCAUCGUUCAACAAUGAGGAGUUAGUCACCUCAGCAGUGCAAGAUCUGCCCAGCGAUAUGCAGGCACUCGACGAGCUAUCGUCAGCUCUGCACCAGGUCGUGCAAGAUGGCGAUUCCGUCCAGUUCUUCGUCUCACCGGCAGCUGACUUAGACACGAAUGACCAAUCUGAAGUGCUCAACAAGAUAUCCGAAUCUGAGAACCUCUGGAGCUACGAAUUCGGUAUGAUUCCUAGCACGGCGGAUGCAUUAGAAACGCGGUCAUGGCAACGCAACAACGCCGCCUCUCAAGACGUAACGGUCUUCAGAAACACAUUUGGCGCUCUAUCGGAGGGAGGGAUGACUAUGAAGAGGCAAAUACUCGGUGACAAGGGACAGCAUAUCAUUGCUGGGGGAACAAAAAUCGAUGUACCAUUCUCGCGUUACAGCUCAAUCGAGCCAGCAGAAGACGUAUGUAGUCCACACGAAGAAUAAGAUCCCAAUACCAAACCACAACUCCCUCAAGAGAAACCACUCUGAUCAAACUUUCCAUCAGAAGCCAACCCUGCGAAUCCACACCUACCCAUCCACCCCCACCCUCACCACCACAUCCCU